AUGGCUAAACCUUCCUUGCUCUCAGUUUGUCUCUGUUUACUUGUUCUGUUCCAUUGCUGUGUUACUGGUAAUUGUAAGAAAGAAAGCCAGCAGCAGCAAGGGGGGUGCCAGAUCGAGAGACUGAACGCUCGAGAACCCCAACGCCGCAUCGAAGCGGAAGCUGGGUACACUGAGUUUUGGGACUCGGAUGAUGACCAAUUCCAGUGUGCUGGUGUUGCUGCUUGUCGCAAUGUUAUCAACCCACAAGGCCUUCUCUUGCCUUCUUACACCAGUGCUCCUGCACUCCUCUACGUUCUCCAAGGUAAGGGGUUUCAGGGGAUCAUGAUUCCUGGUUGUCCUGAAACCUUCCAAUCAUCCCAACAAUCUAAAGAAGGACAAAGUCGGAGAUUCCACGACCAACAUCAGAAGAUCCGAAACUUACGAGAAGGUGACGUCAUUGCAUUACCUGCCGGAAUAGCACACUGGUGUUAUAACAAUGGCGAGCAGGACCUUGUUCUUCUUAUUAUAGAAGACACUUCCAACGAUCACAACCAGCUCGACAACAACCCCAGGAAGUUCUUCCUAGCCGGAAACCCACAACAACAACAACAACAACAACAACAAAAAAAGCAACAAAAUCAAGGCAACGUCUUGGCCGGCAUGGAUGUGGAUACCUUGGCGGAGGUAUUUAGGGUGGACAUGGAGACAGCAAGCAGGCUUCAGGGACAAGACGAUAGGAGGGGACAUAUCGUUAGAGCGGAAAGUGAUCUUCAGGUGAUUAGGCCACAGAGGACUCGAGAGGAACAAGAACGUGAGGAAAGAGGAUAUGAGGGUCGUGACAAUGGUCUGGAAGAGACCAUUUGCUCUGCCAGACUUCGACAGAACAUUGAUGAUCCGUCACGUGCCGACUUCUUCAACCCUCGAGCUGGCCGCCUCACCAUUCUCAAUAGCUUGACUCUCCCUAUCCUCAGCUUCCUCCAACUCAGUGCUGAGAGAGGAGUUCUCUACAGGAAUGCUAUCAUGGCACCACAAUACACGUUGAACGCCCACUCUAUAAUAUACGCAACAAGGGGUGAAGCCCAUAUGCAGAUCGUGGACCACCGUGGGCAGUCUGUGUUCAACGAGAGGAUCCAGGAGGGGCAGAUGGUGGUGGUGCCGCAGAACUUUGUGGUGGUGAAACAAGCCGGAAGAGAUGGGUUCGAAUGGGUGGCCUUGAAGACCAAUGAGCGUGCCAUUUUCAGCACUCUGGCGGGUCACACCUCAGCCCUUAGGGCCAUUCCUGUGGAUGUCCUAGCCAACGCCUACCAGAUUUCGAGGGAUGAGGCAAUGAAAUUGAAGCGGAGAAGGGAUGAGUCGAUCAUGUUCGAAGCAAGUGCUAGGCCUCGGAGAGAGACGAGGGCUGAUGCUUAAGCCUGUAUGUAUGUAAGUAUGCGGGGUCAAUGUAGUUUUGUUUUUGUGGUUUCUUCUACUACUACUACUACUACUACUAUAGUACUGCUUCUGCUACUACGGUAGAGAAUAAGAAAAGCUUUUAGA